UUCGGGGACACAGUCAAUAAUGCUUCGCGCAUGCGCUCUUGUGGAGAACCGAACAUGAUUCAUAUCAACGAACCGACCUACAGGCUACUGGAUAAGACCGGUUUCUUCGUGCUGAAACUACGUGGGGCGAUCACUGUAAAAGGCAAAGGUGAGAUGGUGACCUACUGGCUAAUGGACGCCAUAACAAAGCCCUCGAAGAACCCGUACACGAACGAGACGCGGUUACCAGGGGAGGCCGAAAGCUUCUCGAGCGUCUCCUCAGUAUAUAACCUGGGUGCCGUUGGAUCUAGUGAUGUGUACGGUGUUGGCGAGAAGACUUCGGCCAGCGACUCAAUGGCGAAGUACUCUAUAAGUCAUGUGUAGCGCACACGAAACGUAACGUAGCGCCUCGGCUGACUAAGUAUGUGCUACACUAGACCGAAACUGUAAUUUAUACCUUUUAACAUGAUUGUAUUCGUACAGUACUGAUUUACUCUGACUAUACUAUGUACUGUGAUGUGAAUGAUUCAAAGCGUUUUGCCGUCGUUCAUAUGAAAAAUUUGAUAUUUGAAGCUAUAAAUGCGAUAUUUCUUUUGGAGUCAAAUUUAACUUUUAAUGCCAGCAUUAUCUUAAAGCGGCCUUGUUUAGAUUGUGUAAUGGGACUAUUUUGCAAGGUAAUUUGAAACCUUAUCGGAACAUACAUACAAAAAAGCAGCUUUAAUAACAUAUAUAAUCGAAAAAUCAAUGCAAUCGUGAGGCCGACAGAUGAAACAUUUAAAUAGAGAAUAUUAACUUUGGAAACUUGACCACAUAUAAAUGUUUUCCUGUAGGAAUGACUUCAGAGAGUUUUAAUCAGCUUAUUUGGAUGUUCCUGACCAGCUUUCUUUCUACAUCCGUGGCAAUCGACCUUAAACCGUAUUUCUUAAAUCAGAUUUUGCAUUCCACUUGGUUUGUUUUUGUUUU